UUGUAAUAUUGACCUUAACCUCUAUGACACCACCCUUACCUCUUCUUCCUUCUUACCCCAAUCAGGGAGACGAUAAUUACGACUCUUCUUUUCAACAGAAUUCUGAAUUUUUUGACAAUCGAAUCCCCUCAUUCCCCCAAGAGAGAACCUCUCAUGUUUACAGUGUACCCCCACAAGACUUAAGUUCUUCUUACCAACAUAACAUGCAUUUCUCCAGCCUGCCAUCUUUUUCUAUUCCUUUUUCGCACCCAGCAACUCCUUUGCCUCCACCUUACGUCGCAGGCCCUAAUGACCAAACUACUUUACUCCAGUCUACUUGCACUGCAAAUUCUGUUUGCUCAUUCCCUCCAACUUACAAAAGAAAAGCAGUUGUGAUUGGAAUUAAUUAUUUUAAUGACUCCCGUUACCGUUUAAGUGGCUGCACAACAGACGCUAAUUGUAUAGAAUACAUGCUCCUCUCUAAGCUUAACUUUCAACCUCCCAAUAUCCUCAAACUCACUGAUGCUUCUGAUGAUUAUCCUAAAAUGCCCACCAAAAAGAACAUCCUCCAAGCGCUCAAGUGGUUAGUCAGAGAUGCCGUUCAUGGCGAUACUUUUUUUUUCCAUUUUUCUGGACACGGCUCGCAAGUGCUUGACCGCAGUGGAGACGAAUCCGACGGCUGGGAUGAGACCAUCUGCCCCGUCGACUUUAAAUCUGCUGGGAUGAUUAUUGAUGAUGAACUUUUCAACAUUCUUGUUCGACCGCUUCCUUUUGGCGCACGACUUUUUAGCAUUAUGGAUUGCUGUCACAGCGGGACUGGACUUGACCUUCCCAUUUGCUAUACCUACAAAGACGGCCAUAUAAGAAGAAAAGCUGAAGGACCUUCUAUUUUUUCCACUGGACUUGCCAAUCUUUUUUUUAAUUCCAAAAGAAAGAAGUUUAAGAAUGCUUCUCACGUUAAAGGCUUAGCAGUUUUAUUUAGUUCCUGUGCUGACAGUGAAACUUGUAUGGACACCAAUAAGCUUUCCGGAGGCGUGUUUAACGGUGUGAUGACUUUUGCCUUCAUUCAGUGUAUUGAAAAUUAUUAUCCUGAUUUAACUUUUGGUUCUUUGUUGAUGCACUUGAACACUUUUAUCAAAAGCAAAAGUUUCAAGCAGGAGCCUAAUUUAAGUUCCACGCAAGAACUUAAUUUUAAUGAAAAGUUUUACAUUUAGUGAAACCGGCCACAUCUCUAUUAACCCGUCAGUUGC